AGUGAAAGAAUGAUAAAAAAAAAAAAAAGAUUAGUGUGACAAAGGAAGAAGACAGACACAAAGACGUCAAAGGGGGAAGAGUCACAGCCGGGGUGAGCAGGCAGAGGGGUGUACAGUGCAGAUAUCCUGGACCCCCGCAGAGGAGCUGUCCCCGAGCACAGGACGUCCGCCAUCAUGAUGCCAUCCACAAUCUACAAGCUGUACUAUAUUCUUCUUGUACACACGGUCGGGCUUCUGACAGUGUCCGCUUCUUCUGGAACCAAGUCCCUGUCCUGCUGGCUGGUGAAGGAGAUCUCUGCGACGGAGACCAAACCGCGCUCCAUCCAGCAGACACCGGUACUGAUACAAUUCACGGACGCCUCCGGACUGAGGCUCAGUUCUCCAGAAACCACGGACCCUGACACCUUACUCUUCUAUGUUUUUGAUCCAUCCGGUAAACUGUCUACCGAAUUCACCUCCUGUGAGAUAACCGAUCAUUUGCCUCAAGAGGUCUCUCUUGACUGGGCGCGCUCCCUCACAGAGGAAAGACUGAGCCCGCCGGCUCUCGGCAAGACUUGGUACACCCUGGCGGCCAGCAAUCGCUUGGACGGGAAGGGAGUGAGUUUCGUGCUGGGGCCCCUGGGUGACAAAAAAGACCAUUUCUCAGUCUCUUUGGCUGUCUAUUCUGUUUCUGCCACCCAACAAGCCCAGUUGGGUAAGCCCCUGUCUUUACCUUGCGGUAUAUGGAAAGGGCAUCAGCCGCGCUUCGCUGUGGAGUGGCGCCAUCGGGCUCUGGGGGCCGGGAGUCUCCUGUAUGCGUACGAUGGGUGGAAGGACAAGAUCGAGGAGCAUGACCCGAACUGUCACCUGAACUUUUCGACCUUACACAGCGAAGGGGACGCCUCCCUCCUGAUUGAGAACGUAGGGGUUUCGCACCAAGGCACCUUGUUGUGUACGAUCUAUCUGCCCUACCUGAGGGCGCAGAGAGAAAUCCAGCUGGUGGUCACAGCUAAACCCCAUGUGACCCUGCAGCCGUCCCCGCUCUUCGCUCACCCCGGGGAGGAGGUGACGCUCACUUGUGACAUUUCUCACUUCCACCCUCUGGAGAUCUCUGUGGACUUCUUAGUUCAGCUACCGGGGGAUUCUCAUCCCACCCUACUGUCCGGAAGCACCCUAUCCGCUCACACCCACAACCAGGACGGCUCCCAUAGUAUCACCGCAUACCAACGCAUGGUCGCCAGCAGCGCCCUCAACGGGGCACGAUACUUCUGCAGAGUCAACCAUGUUAGUGUCCCCAAGGGCAUUUCUACUUCCCAGACCCUGAAAGUUGCAGGGGUAUCCGGGCCGUCUCUGGAGGAUAUAAUGUAUCUCUUCCUGACCGCGCUGUUUCUCUAUGGAACUCUUAGCUACCUGCGCAGGAAAGCGAUGUCUCUCUUCGGAAGUCAGGAAGACAUGAAGGCUCAGAAGAAUAAAUCGGAAUAAAGAAGAUUGAAGAACAGAAGACUUGAUCUCUGAAAGAUGUUCAUGUAAUGCUGGUCCAAAUCUAGGCGCUAGCGCUACAUUCCCUUUCAUCUCAGAAUAGGAGGGGGUCCUAAAGAAUGCCCCCCCCCCCCAUUGAUUAUAAAGUGAUAUCCUAGCUCUAUACCAUCAUUUUAAAAGUUGGAGACACCCCCUUUAAAACAAUAGAUCAGCAACUGAUCCCUGACCGUUCCUCUGUGGCCUUGUCCGCAGUUUGUCAACAUGAACCCCUUUCUAAAGAUGGCCCCCGGCCAGAUGUCUUUGGUUCUUGUCCGUCACAUAUUAUUCAUGUGUUGGCAGUCGGUAAGAAUUAGACUUUUCGGAUUGCCAAAAUCUGCUGUGUUUGACCGAUCUGAACAUGAAUUUGUGGUCAAAAUAGAUUUUGCGGCAAUUGAGACAAAUUGUGGUGGAAAAUGUAAUUUGACCAAGACAUCUGAAUCCCCCCUAAGCCGCUGCUUUUAGUUGCACUAUUUUGUAUUUGCUAGUACUUGCUGUAUUUGAAGGUAUUUUCCAGGCUAAGUUUAUUGAUGCCCUACUCUCCAUACAUUGUGUAAUGCAGCGGUGUCCAAACUGUGUCGUUUUGCAACAUCUGGAGGACCACAGUUUUGACACCACUGGUAUAGUGCAACAGAACUGAGCUGCAGUACCCACCUUGGCCACUACACAACUUACGGAGCCGUCUGCUUCCAGCUGUUUUAAUGCGUGACUAAAGCGGGUGUCGGCUGUUGGAACCCCACCGAUCUGAUAUUGAUAGCCUAUCCUUAGAAUAGGUCUUCACUAAAUUUUGUCCCGAAAAAAACCUUUAGGUACAGUUCAAAAAUUUUCAAAAAUUGUCAGUCUUCAGUGAAAGUUUAAUCUUAAAGAAGCACUCCGAAAAAAAAAAAAUGUAUCCUCCGACACCAGAUGUAUCACAUGAUCCACAUCGAUCCUCUUAGAGAAAUGUAUAGACCAGUGUUUCCCAACCAGGGUGCCUCCAGCUGUUGCAAAACUACAAUGCCCAGCAUGCCCGGACAGCCUUUUUGCAACAGCUGGAGGCACUCUGGUUGGAAAACACUGGUCUGGUUUGAAAACACUGGUAUAGACAAUUUGGCUUUGUGUGCGCACAAGAAACAUUAAAGGGAAAACGUUUUUUUUUUUAAUCAACU